AUGGUGGUGACCGGGAAGGUCGAGGCGGAGGAGAUGAACGUCAAGGCGAAGGAGAUCAACCUCGAGGCGGAGGAGAUCAACGUCGAGGCGGAGGAGAUCUCUGUAUCCUUAAAAUGUUAUAAUUUGUCUCUCACAAAAAUCUCCUCAACAAAGACUCGGCUUCAAAAAAUGUCAUUCAUUGCGUGGGCCUCAUCGGCUGGCUCUUCAGUGGCCAUCCUUGUGUGUCUCUUCUAUGUUCCAUACUUGAUGAACCAGGUUGAUGAGAUCAAGGGAACGAUCGCCAUCCGGAUGGAUCGUUUCCGUGUCGAUGAGCACGGCGUCUGGUCACAACUUCAGGCCACCCGUGUGGGAAUCGUUCGCCCCCGUAAAGCUCGUGCCGCCUACAAUCAAGGACAAUGCAACUGUGACUCGUUGGAGAGAUGCCCAGCUGGACCUGCUGGAGAACCAGGACAUCCUGGAGAGAACGGAUACCCUGGAGCUCCUGGAUCACGUGGAGAGCCUGGAGUGGCUGGACGUGAAGAUCACCAUGAGGAGCAAGAGGAGGGAUGCCGUCGUUGCGCACCCGGCCCUGUGGGACCACCUGGGCAACCUGGAGCUCCAGGAGAGGAUGGACAAUCGGGAGAGCCUGGAAGAGAUGGAGAAGAGAGCGCCCCAGGAGAGCCUGGAAGAGAUGGAGAGCCUGGACACGAUGGAGCCCCCGGAGAGCCUGGAAGCGAUGGAGCUCCUGGAGCCCCAGGAGAGAAUGGAAGCCGUGGAGUGCCCGGCCCAGCUGGACCAGACGGACGACCAGGAGAGAAUGGAUCGAAGGGACAGCCUGGAGACAAUGGAGCUCCUGGAGCGCCUGGACAACCUGGACAGAAUGGAGAACCCGGAAAGAACGGAGGACCAGGAGCACCUGGAGCAAGAGGACACGAUGGACAGUCCGGAGGAUCGGGAGAACAAGGCAGAGAUGCGAACUACUGCCCCUGCCCAGCUCGCUUCAACAAACAU